AUGGCAUUCGAUCGACAACUUCUAUUCCUUGCAUUCAUGUUCGGAGCAAGACAGGUCGCAGGUCUGCCUUUAUCCGCCGCGAAGGAACUUGCUCCUGGCAUCCCCGCCGUCGUCUCGUCCGCACCGUCUGAUCUCGACGGACUCAUUCAGUUUACGCAACCCCGGUCGUCGUAUGAUGGAGAGACGGCGUGGUGGUCAGCAGAAGAUCACGCCAACAGCAUCAAGCACCCGGUGGAGCCAGAUAAAAAUGGCGAUUCAGCCUCCAGCACAGCCUUGCCAAGGUCUGAGAAACCGGACCCCAAGGGCCCAUCAUCCUCACCAACUUCGGUAAAGCAGCAUGGCGCGGUGCGAGCCAGAUCCUUGUCCCACGCCACGCGGUCGUUGUCCAACUCGACUUCUUCGCGACUUCAUUCUUCGUCAGAUGGCAAGAUCAAUUCCUCUUCAUCGCUAUACGCCAGUAGCAGCAGUAGCGCGAUGGCGAGCAGCCUCUCAGCAUCCUCAGCAUUGGCGAGCUCGUCUGCAGACUUUCUAGGUCUGGCCAGCUCGUCGAGCUCACAGUUCGUGGACUCCUCGUCUUUCAGCAGCGGGUUCCUCUCCACAUCUGUCUCCGUGAGCGCGUCAGCAUCGCCCGCGACGACGACUGGAGAUGCGCUGGACGUGCUCGAGUCUGCUCUCCAGACUGCCGUACCAAGCAGUCUACGAGCUCCGCUGGAAUCAAUCUUUGGACCAGGACUUUUCCCCGACUCCUCUUCAGAAACACCCACAACAACAACACGGCAGACUAGAACAGACAGAACGUCACAAACUACCGACGCAACAUCACGAACAACAGACCACCGCCGACCUACAGAUCGUCCACGCCCAACAGACGAACCGACGAGAAGACCACACAACAGACCUCCCCCUCCACCCACAACCCGCUCAACAUCCAGCCCAACAACCACCCCGACCUCCCUCCCAACAACCCUCUCCACGUCCACCACCCCCUCCACGACCUCAACGCCUAAUGUGAGCCCAGCCUUCGACCCUACCGACCCCACCGAUCCCCGAAACCCCGCCAACCUCGGCGCCAAUCCCAUCGAAUCCGCCUCCGUAAUCGGCAUUGCGACCGGCCUCAGCGCCUCCGCCGUCCUCGUCGGUCUGGGAGGCAUCUUCCUUUGGCGCCGCAAGUCGCAAGGCAAGCCCAUGUUCCGACGCAGCAUGUCUCAAAACCCCGCCGGAGGCCCAUACCCACAAGUCGCGUGGCUCUACGACCCCGUCGUCUCGCGUCCAGGGUCUCCAGAGCAAGGACAAGGAGGGCAUAUGCGAGGCGAGAGCGGAGCAAAUCUCGUGCCAGCUGCCGCGGCGCCAGCGGGAAGGGAGAGGAGCGGGAGCGAGGUGGCUGAACAGAGUCCGAGUUUGAGGCCCGUGAGGCCUAGUAGUCCACUUUUGAUGCCGGAGAUUCGGAUUGAGGACGACGGGGGCGUGUAUAGAGGACGGGGAGAGAGUGGGAGUUAUGAUAAUUGGCGGGCGGCGAGUAGGGGGAUGAGGGAUGAUGAUCAGGGGGCUUGA